CCAGCUAGUAAAUAUGGAAGCGUCGAGCAGGCAGGAUCGGCAGUGCCACGCUUUCAAGGCCGACCGUGCCAGUGUGUCCAGAACCCGUGCAAGCGCCACAACAUGAACAUGGAGACUCCACAGCUCGCAGUACGUGAAUUUGGACGAUAUAUUUCAUAAAAUAUAACAACAAAUAUACACGGACUUCUACUACAGUGGAUAUGAUACAGUGACUGCUACCCAACGCCACCAUGCGGAGAUCUCGAAAUGACACUUGCUCUCGUUGGUCGAGCCCUACGCGUGGCUGCGAAUUCGACGAGGAGGAGUCUGGGAGUAAAGGGGAGCGCGAGGAUCCUAUCCCUAGGCUCCUGUUCAGAGGAUACGUGGAGUUGGCGACAGCCCGCAUACACAAGGUCAUGAUCAAUACCGGAAUCCUGGAGGUGGAGAGUGACCUGAUAGCCGGGGCGAGCGCCAAGGUCUUCUUCCAGAGGGCUGCGCUGUACCUUACCGAGAACAAGGCGAAAAGAGGGCACCGACUUUGUAAUCUGCUCAGGAACCGUCUGACGGAGCCCUGUGGCUGCGUGGCACGACCGUUCACAAACAAGAGAGGUACCUUCAAAAGAAUUACUGGGGUCGAAGUUCACCUGAUCGCCAAGAAGGUGUGGAUCGGCAAGAGAUCUUCCUCGUCAGCCGUGAGUGGACGCGGUCCUCAAAAAGGGCGAGCUCUUGUGUCCAGUAACGAUGGCCAAGAGGCAGGUCCAGCCGCCUCCGGCUUGCACGCAUCCAGCGCUGCACUUGGAGCAUGUGGCGCGCUCCGUGGUGAGGUCUCGUUCGUCGCAGGGUCCACCGGCAUCCUGAAGAAGGCCGAUGGCUGUUGCCGGGCAUUCUUCGCUGACCAGUGCUUCCUGUAUGGCGUGUGUCUGCAGGACGUGCGCCUGGAAGACGUCCUGCGCAAAGGAAAAAAGGUCUUUUACAAGAUGUCUGAUGAUGGCUUGAGGGUGAGGAGUGUGCUGCUUGGCAGCAGCCACUGCACUAAGAUGCUAGACUCUGAUGACCUUUACUUCAGAGUGAAAAAUUGGUGUCAAUCAAACUGCAUCCCUCAGGACACAACAAAUAUACUUGUAAAUAUAUAUAUGAAACAAGAAUCAUCAAACAACAGAACUUCAACUUGUAGCAAGUUAUCUUUGCAUUUCACAUUGAAAUAUCUGUGAGAAGAUUUCACUGACAGAAGUAAAAAUGUUAUGCUUGGCAGGAUGGCUUCCAGUUGACUUGAACCCAACUAUUGACCAGAGGGAAUACAAAGAAGUUGUGGAUGCUAGCAAUUGGCCAGGACAAAAGAGCUGACAGACCAGAUGGGAGAAAGUAUGUGACAAGAAGCAGUUUGGCCCUUCAGUGUAUGACUUUGAAUAAUGCCCCUGGAACUUUGCUGAUGGAUUUUCAUCUUAUAUAAUAAGAUAAUAUCCUUAUGAUUAUGAGUUAAUGCAAAUAUUAAUAGUGAGUGACAACUGCAUACAUGAGUACCUAUAAUGUUUGAAAAUUGAACUUCAAUAUGCCAAUAAUUUGAUGCUCUGGUUAACCCCUUCACUGAUGGGUCACGUCUCUAGACGUCAUAACAGACCGACUCGAAAUAUGGCAUAUGGCUGUAUUUGAACUCUGGCUUUAACAUGAAAACAAUACUAGGUAAAAUAGACCUCCUUCAGUGAUGGCAGGCUUUGUCUGAACCUGGUGGAGAGCCAUUUUGAGUGGAGUUAUUGUACAGCUAGCAGUUUAACACUGUAGUUCAACAAUGCAGGGACCAGAUUCAUUAACGAUUCUAGAAUAAUAAUUAGUGUACACUGGUCUUGGAUCUGACCGCAGCACAGAUUAAGCUAAAAAAAGGAAAACGAAGCAAAAAAGUAAUAUUACUUAGUUAUAAUCACGGAAAAGGAGCCUUGCAGGAAUGGUGAAUUUUGUUGUUUGUUCCUUCACAGUUUUAUGUCAAAUGACAUUCAUAACCUUUUAGCUGAGUCACAAUCAAUUAAUGUAACAUGGAAACUUGAUAGUAUAAAUAUAAACUUAAAAUAUUA